AUGAACGAUACUGGGAAUUUCAUCAUGUUUGGGCCAAAGGCCAACUGUACUUUAGACCUUUGUCCAGUCGAAAUGAGUGUAUAUGCUUACCGACCUUCCCUCGCUGCUAAUGUAUCUUUUGCGGCUCUGUUCACACUCGCCACUAUUAUACACGCCUAUCUUGGUUUCCGAUGGAAGACACCUUGGUUCAUGUGGUGCAUGAUCUUGAGCUGCACACAUGAGGUAGUAGGCUACGUUGCACGUAUUCUCUUGUGGGUAAAUCCAUGGAGCUUCGGAGCUUUCAUUACCCAAAUCAUUGCCAUUACCCAAGCACCUGUUUUUUACUGUGCAGCAAUAUACGUCACUCUCGGCCAAAGUAUCGAACACUACGGUCCAAGUCUUGCUCGCUUUCCCACCAAAUACUUUGCCUGGGUAUUUGUGCCUAUGGAUAUUGUCUCUCUAAUUUUACAAGGCACUGGCGGAGGCUUGUCUGCCUCUUCUUCGGGAGCUAGUCAGGUGGGAGUCGAUGUCGCCAUGGCAGGUCUCAUUCUGCAAGUCAUCAUGCUUGUGGCAUUCAGUGUCUUGUUUGCCGACUAUAUGAUCAGGUAUCUGGGGCACAAAACGUCCAGAACUCUUGGAUCAAGGGAUACGCUGUUCUUUGCCUUCCUUGCUAUCGCCGUACUCGCAACUUUGGCACGAUGUAUCUUCCGUGCGGAUGAACUCAAAGAAGGUUAUCAAGGAGAGUUGAUCAAACAUGAAGAUCUCUUCAUUGCAUUGGAGGGAGUUUUGAUUGUUGUAGCAGUCUUUUGCCUGUUUGUAGCCCAUCCUGGCCUCGUCUUCAACCGUGCGCCAAAGGUGUACUACUCAGUCGCUACAGGAGCCGAUAUUUCGGAUGACUCUGCUUAUCAUUCCAAGACGGCUCAGCCUGUUACUGAAGUGUUGCAUUAA